UCGGAGCAGAGCUGGCGGUCACAGUCGAGCCUUGGAUUGUAGCAGAGACUCACACAGAGAGAGAGAGCAGCCCUCCUGCAGCCUGUUACAGCCCCACCGCCAUGGAUGUCAAACUGCUCGCGCUGACGGCUCUGCUGGCCGUGGCCACACAAGUACCAACCUCCACCGCGAAGCCCAUCAGUCUGGUCGAGCGGUGCUGGUGUCGCUCCACCCUCAGCACGGUUCCUCAGCGCUCCAUCAGAGAGCUCAAGUUCCUCCACACCCCCAACUGCCCCUUCCAAGUCAUUGCCAAGUUGAAGAACAACAGGGAAGUUUGCAUCAACCCGGAGACCAAGUGGCUGCAGCAGUACUUAAAGAACGCCAUUAACAAGGUGAAGAAAAACCGAAGACGCAAUAACAAGAAGAACUAAAGACAAGAGAAGACGUCAGACCUGGCCCCCCGGGUCGAACCUGUAUACCUCCCUGUCACUGCUAUGGAUGUAUGUAAACACGCUGUAUGUACCCGUCCACCUCUCUGGACCGCUUGCAGAACCAGCACUUCACCACCAAACUGUGCCGUCCCCAAUGUCACUCUGGACACCCACGCACCUCCACCUCCACCUCCACCUCCACCUCACCACAUCAGCACCAAGUGCAAUUAUACCUGUGGAUUCAUGCUGAUGUCAGAUAUGUGUGUGUGUGUGUGUGUGUGUGUGUGUCGGGCAAACGGCACAAAUGACAGAGUAAGUGUGUGUGUGUGUGUGUGUGUGUGUGUGUGUGUGUGUGUACAAGAACUAACUAUAUAGUUUAUCCUGACUUCACGCAGCUAUAAAGGAACAAUUUGAGCUUUCCGUCUCAAACACAAGGCUUUGUGGGUAAUGCUACCUUCACUUCCUGUCAAAUUAAAUUUAAAUAUGAGCCGCCGAAACAUCCACAUAAGCCUCCUCAGAGGACUUUGUUGGCAGAUUUGACUAAAUAGCCCAAAUGUGUCAUUCACUUGCGGAAAACAGAAAAUGAUCAGCUACAUUCACAAAAACACACUUCCUUUUCACUUUAACCAUUGUUGAAAAGAGUGAAAUCAGAUUUUUGUUGAUCGGACAUUCAUUAAUAGCAAAUAUCUGGGACUGGGUUGGCGUCACAGGCUUUAAUCUGAAAACGUCCUCUGAUAUGAGGUGAAUCUGGCAUUACUCCACGACUGAGAGCUCGAGGGGCAGACGCAGAGAGGCUGGCCAUUAGGGUCACAGGCAGCGACCAAUCAGGGCAGGCCACGCUGCAUCAGAAUCUUGAACUGUCUUCCAGCUUCAGAAAACAGAUGGAAGCUCACACACACUGCUAUAAGAAACGAGCACUGAUUUUAUGGUGCUAUAUAUUCAGUAUGAGGGGUCAGAGCCAUCGGCGUGAUUAUAUUUCACUGUUUAUUUUUUUGCAAGAUUUAAGAUGGGAUGUUGUGACCUCUGUGUCUGAAGUGAAACACACGUCACACAAUAUUUAAAGCGCUGUUGUUAGAGUCUGAUGUGAAAGAUGAAAAGGAAAGCUGAUGUAAUGUUAGGGCCGUAUACUGUACUGACAAAGACUAUAAGGAGUGGAAUAAAACACUUAUCAAUGCAGCUUUUUUUUUAUUGGUUGAACGUAUCGGUAAACAGAGACCAAAUAUUUAUAUAAUGAAACAUGCAACAUGAAGAAACCUCAAAGAGCAUGACUUUCAAUUUCAUUUACUGUUGGAAAAAAGGUAGAAGAUCACCAUAACUCUUAAUUUUUCAAAUCAAAGGGACCGGGUAACUGUAUAUCGUGACAACAGAGCAAUUUAACUGCAGUAUUUACCAACACCUGUCCUUGGUGGGAACAAAAAGCUAAUGAAUUGUCACAUGAAACGGCAGAAUGAUAGAUGUCACAUAGGGAAUGUCCACAGUGGCAAAUAGAACGUUUUUGAUUAUCUUUUUUUUAUAUAUAUAUAUAUUUGAGCCACUUUAUUAUCAGAUGUGUCUUUCAAAUGUAAUUGUUUUAUUUUUAUAUUGUGUAUAACCUUACUAAAUGCUUUUUUUUUUUUUAAUGCAAUGUACAGUAGACAGUAGAUACUAAAUGAAGGCUAGUCCAUAAAAGGCGAGAAAGAGUGUUAAACUUCAUUUUUUUAAAGCAACAUUAUGUAGAAAUUGGCACCACCACUGUCGGUAACAAUUUGUCAGAUGUAAUGUAGGUGCUGACCACAAACAAAACUCAUUACAUCAUAACAAUGUUAUGUGUUGAAAACAUGUGUGUUGAAGUAAACAUGUAUGUAACUGUGUGAUCUUUCCCCCACACUGUAGUUACAUACUGCAGAAACAAGUGAUAUAGACACCAUUCACCCUGUUAGAGGACACUGUGCCACCAACAUGAUUUUGAAGCUGUUAUUUUAAGGUUAAAAUAAAGUUACAUAAUGUUGCUUUAAGGUUUCAUGUAAUAUUUCAUGUGUAUGUUAUGGUUUGUUUGAAAGUAUGUUAAACACAGUAUGCAACACAUUCCUUUACCAAAGGAAUUACAAAAAAAAGCUAUUUUUUCUUUCAUCGUUAUUUUACAAUAUGGAUACAAAAAAAAAUAAUGAUUAGCAACUACACAUCAAAUGUCGUCCUCCUGGUUUGUUGUUUGCUGUUCCCUUAUCAACCGAAGUGAACAUGCAUCGAAGGUGAGCCGAGUAACAGUCCAACACACAGCGACUGAAGACAAAAGCAGCUGUCGUUGUGUUACAUGAGUCAGGAAACUAUUCAGGCUCGGCCCACCAGUCGAACACUUGAUUCGAUUUUUACUGAGGUUGAUGUAUGAUGUGUCAAUAGAGCCGCUGAGCCAAAACAGAACAAAACCUUUCAGUUGUGACCGACAUGUGCUUUCAAUCUGGACACUCCCAGCACCCCACGGGCUUUCUUUUCAGUUUCACUCAACUGCUGCCAUGCCGCAGAAUUAGAGACUUUUCUUUUUUUUUUUCUUCCUAAAAAAGUAUGUUCUGGUGCUUUUUGUCCCUGUUAUGGUCUUUUGUUGGUUUGUUUUACUUGGUCCACUUGCUGAGUGGUUGAUGACCGGUGAUAAUCAUAUCAAUUUGCGGCUAAUGUUGCAAUAAUCCUGGAAGUGUGAUUCAUUUCCCAUUAAUGUAAUAGAAGGUAAUAGACACUCAUUUCAUGUUAUUACACUAAUUUGUUUGAACAGGUUGCUAAAUUAGCUUAAUUUGGCCCAAAUGGACUGAUAUACGUGAAUAAAUGUCUUGUAUUCGUUGUGUAACACCACAACCCAUUUAUUUACCUGAGAGGAAAGUCUAGAGAGUGGAUUAUGUUUUCACUUCUGAAAACUUUCUAAUGUAUAAUGUGAUAAUAAUCUCACGAACAGGGAAAAGUUAUCACAUUACCUGUAACCACGCUGUUAGGAGCAUUUGUUACAUUCCCUUUUAUAUUAAUUCAUUUGUUUUAUUAAUUAGACUAUAAGCGCUAUAAGACUAUAAGUGUUUAGUGAUGCGGGCCCUGUUGAAACAUUAACAUUUCGGACAGAUAUAUAGACAUCUUUAUCAUCGCACAAAUGGGCCUUUUCACACGAAGUGUUUGUGCGUGGACCAUUUACACAUCCAGGUCCACAUUUACUCGUCAUUAAUGUGCAAAAAAAAUAAAUCAAAGAGGUUGCAUGAGUUCUACUUUGGACCCCGGGACAAUGUGAAAUAACUUUUAUUUCUUUCGAGGCAGCUUCUGACACAUGUUCUUCAUAUACGUGAGAUAUAUUCCUCACUGUAUUGUCACUGUUUGUACACCAACAGGCAGUAUUAUAGCCAUGAUACCCUUGAUGCCCUUUUUCAAUAAAGUCAUAUGAAACAAAA